AGGAAGGGCUGGGGGAGCGGCCGCGCGUCUCGACCGCGGGCCUCUGCCUCAGAGACGGCGUGGUAACGCGGGCCGGAGCGUUCAUUGUGCCCGAGCGGGUCGCAUUAUGUAACAGAUACACUCGGUUUGUUUUGCCAAGACAGGAAACUCCCUGCAAUAGGGCCGGACUUUAAACGUUUCCUAACCGAGAGCCCUGGGCAAGCCUCGCGGAUCUGGCGCUCGCCGGCUCGUGGGAGUCAGUACCAAAUGAGGAGGAAAGGACGAUGUCAUCGCGGCGCUGCAGCGAGGCACCCUUCCUCCCCGUGCAGUACUAAGCACUCCCCCACGCGAGAGACCCUGACCUACGCGCAAGCCCAGAGGAUGGUGGAGAUCGAGAUCGAGGGGCGCCUGCACAGGAUCAGCAUUUUCGAUCCCCUGGAGAUCAUAUUAGAAGAUGACCUCACUGCUCAAGAGCUGAGCGAGUGCAACAGCAAUAAGGAGAACAGUGAGAGGCCCCCAGUGUGCUUACGAACUAAGCGCCACAAAAACAACAGAGUCAAAAAGAAACAUGAAGCCCUCCCCAGUGCCCACGGCCCACUGGCAUCGGCCAGCGCGCUUCCUGAGCCCAAGGUGCGGAUCGUGGAGUACAGCCCGCCCUCCGCCCCCAGACGACCCCCGGUGUACUACAAGUUCAUCGAGAAGUCGGCCGAGGAGCUGGACAACGAGGUGGAGUAUGACAUGGACGAGGAGGACUACGCCUGGCUGGAGAUAGUCAACGAGAAGCGGAAGGGUGACUGCGUCUCGGCCGUGUCACAGAGCGUGUUUGAGUUCUUGAUGGACCGCUUCGAAAAGGAGUCCUACUGCGAGAACCAGAAGCAGGGGGAGCAGCAGUCCCUGAUCGACGAGGACGCCGUGUGCUGUAUCUGCAUGGACGGCGAGUGCCAGAACAGCAACGUGAUUCUCUUCUGUGACAUGUGCAACCUGGCGGUGCACCAGGAGUGCUACGGGGUGCCUUACAUCCCCGAGGGCCAGUGGCUCUGCCGACACUGCCUGCAGUCCCGGGCCCGGCCCGCCGACUGCGUGCUCUGCCCAAACAAGGGAGGUGCCUUCAAAAAGACAGAUGACGACCGCUGGGGCCAUGUGGUAUGUGCCCUGUGGAUCCCGGAGGUUGGCUUUGCCAACACGGUGUUCAUUGAGCCCAUCGAUGGCGUGAGGAACAUCCCCCCGGCCAGGUGGAAACUGACGUGCUACCUCUGUAAGCAGAAGGGCGUGGGUGCCUGUAUCCAGUGCCACAAGGCGAACUGCUACACCGCCUUCCACGUGACGUGUGCCCAGAAGGCCGGCCUCUACAUGAAGAUGGAGCCCGUGAAAGAACUCACUGGUGGUGCCACAACCUUCUCCGUCAGAAAGACCGCUUACUGUGACGUCCACACGCCCCCGGGCUGUACACGGAGGCCUCUGAACAUUUAUGGGGAUGUCGAAAUGAAAAACGGUGUCUGUCGAAAAGAGAGCUCUGUCAAAGCGGUCAGGUCCACGUCCAAGGUCAGGAAGAAAGCAAAAAAGGCUAAGAAGACACUGAGUGAGCCCUGUGCGGCCCUGCCGCCUGUGUGUGCUCCCUACAUCCCCCCUCAGAGAUUAAAUAGGAUUGCGAAUCAGGUGGCCAUCCAGCGGAAGAAGCAGUUCGUUGAGAGAGCCCACAGCUACUGGCUGCUCAAAAGGCUGUCGCGGAACGGUGCCCCCCUGCUGCGGCGACUCCAGUCCAGCCUGCAGUCCCAGAGAAGCACACAGCAGAGAGAAAACGACGAGGAGAUUCAAGCUGCCAAAGAGAAGCUGAAGUACUGGCAGCGGCUGCGGCACGACCUGGAGCGCGCGCGCCUGCUGAUCGAGCUGCUGCGCAAGCGGGAGAAGCUCAAGCGGGAGCAGGUGAAGGUGGAGCAGAUGGCCCUGGAGCUGCGGCUGACCCCGCUCACGGUGCUGCUGCGCUCCGUCCUCGACCAGCUGCAGGAGAAGGACCCGGCUCGGAUAUUUGCCCAGCCGGUGAGCCUGAAGGAGGUACCAGAUUAUUUGGAUCACAUUAAACAUCCCAUGGACUUUGCCACAAUGAGGAAACGGUUAGAAGCUCAAGGGUAUAGACACCUCACUGAGUUUGAGGAGGAUUUUAAUCUCAUUGUAGAUAACUGCAUGAAGUACAACGCCAAGGACACGGUGUUCUAUAGAGCCGCCGUGAGGCUGCGCGAUCAGGGCGGUGUUGUUCUGAGGCAGGCCAGGCGCCAGGCGGACAGCAUCGGCUUCGAGGCGGCCUCGGGGAUGCACCUGCCUGAGCGGCCUGCCGCGGCCCCCCGGCGGCCUUUCUCCUGGGAUGACGUGGACAGGCUGCUGAACCCGGCCAACAGGGCCCACAUGGUCCUGGAGGAGCAGCUGCGGGAGCUGCUGGACAAGCUAGACCUCACGUGCGCCAUGAAGUCCAGCGGGUCUCGGAGCAAGCGUGCCAAGCUCCUGAAGAAGGAGAUUGCUGUCCUUCGGAACAAACUGAGCCAGCAGCACAGCCAGCCCCCGCCUGUGGAAUCAGGUAUUGGAAGCUUUGAAGAGGAAGGUGCUCAGCUGGGGCUGGAGACGGGGGAGGAAGGAGAUAAAUCUCCCCCUAAACUUGAACCAUCAGAUGCAUUACCUCUUCCUUCAAACUCGGAGACUAAUUCAGAACCACCAACCCUCAAACCAGUAGAACUCAACCCCGAGCAGAGUAAACUAUUCAAAAGAGUCACAUUUGAUAAUGAAUCACAUAGCACUUGCACUCAGAGCGCACUGGUAAUCGGACACCCUGCAGAGCCCACCCUCGCCAGUAGUGGCGAUGCGCCGGCGGCGGCGGCCUCCGCGGUGGCGGAGCCAGCAAGCGAUGUAAACAGACGCACUUCUGUUCUCUUCUGCAAAUCGAAAAGUGUAAGCCCCCCAAAGUCUGCCAAGAACACUGAAACCCAGCCAACUUCUCCUCAGCUAGGGACCAAAACCUUUUUGUCUGUAGUCCUUCCGAGGUUGGAGACUCUUCUGCAGCCAAGAAAAAGGUCGCGGAGCACCUGCGGCGACUCUGAGGUGGAGGCGGGGUCCCCGGGAAAGCGCCUGGACACAGGUCUCACCAAUGGCUUUGGGGGCGCACGGAGUGAGCAGGAGCUGGGUGGCGCCCCGGGGAGGAGAGCCGCGCCCCGACGACGCUGUGCCUCGGAGUCCAGCAUCUCGUCCAGCAGCAGCCCGCUCUGCGACUCGAGUUUUAGCGCUCCCAAGUGUGGCCGGGGCAAGCCCGCCCUGGUGCGCAGGCACACGCUGGAGGACCGCAGUGAGCUGAUCUCCUGCAUCGAGAAUGGGAACUAUGCCAAGGCGGCCAGGAUCGCCGCAGAGGUUGGUCAGAACAGCAUGUGGAUUUCGACCGAUGCUGCGGCCUCCGUUCUCGAGCCUCUGAAAGUCGUGUGGGCCAAAUGCAGUGGCUACCCCUCCUACCCGGCCCUGAUCAUCGACCCCAAGAUGCCACGUGUGCCUGGCCACCACAACGGGGUCACCAUCCCGGCCCCGCCGCUGGACGUGCUGAAGAUAGGUGAGCACAUGCAGACCAAGGCUGACGAGAAGCUGUUCCUCGUUCUCUUCUUUGACAACAAGAGAAGCUGGCAAUGGCUCCCCAAGUCCAAAAUGGUCCCUCUGGGCAUGGACGAGACCAUAGACAAACUGAAGAUGAUGGAGGGGCGGAACUCCAGCAUCAGGAAGGCCGUGAGGGUCGCCUUCGACCGUGCUAUGAGCCACCUGAGCCGGGUGCACGGGGAGCCCACCAGCGACCUCAGUGACAUCGACUGACCUGCCCGCCUUCCCGUGGCCUUGUCCAUAGUGUGGAUAAGCUGUACAUGCGUGUAUAUUGUUCCAGACUUAACUUAUUCUGAUUUCUAGGCCUGGUUCUUUCAUUCUUCCUCUCCCAGGGAGGGCAGGUUUUAUUUCCCAGUUCUCUGUGAAGCCGUCCCCGUCUGGGCGCUCUGUGAACGGCGUGGGUGCGUCUUCCGAGCUCGUCUGUGCCCAUGUCACAGGUCGGGCCGGAGGGCGCUGCUUGCGUCACUUUCCUUGAUCUGUAGCUUUUUUUUUAAAGACUUUUGAAUGUUUAAUAAUUUUGUAAAUCAUACUCUUUACACGGAGUACCACUAUUUAAUAAGACGGGAUGUAAAUUUACAAUGACAAAUGUGUAUUUUAAGAAAGAAAAUGACAUUAUUUUGAUGGUACUUUGUGGAAAGAGGUGGAGAAUAAAUUUAUGCCGUGUACGUCACUUGCAAAUCACCAAAAACACUCCGCCGCCCCCGUGAGGGCCGGGGCAGGCGCUUUUCCUCUGGGUGUCGCCGUCCUCAAGUCCUCGUCCGCCUCCAGCCUCCGCCCGUCUGCCCUGGCCUUCCACGGGUGUGCCUCCCAGCGGAUUAUUUAUUGUAGAAAGUGUAUUCAUUUGCUUUAUAAUGAAAAUAAAUUUGCAGAAGUAUAUUGAUAUGCAUUUUUAUACAGGCACAUAAAGGUUCAACUUGCUUUGGGAGCCGGAUGUGUUGGUUGUCGCGUCAAUGACUCUGGCUGUGUUCUUUGAUUUUGUAACUUGUAAUCUUUUGUUUACAAUGAGGGGCUUUCUGUAACUUGUUUUAAUUUAGAACACUUUGGUAGCAAUAGAAACUUUGGAUACAUUUUUGUAUGGUACAUGUGAUGUAUAUAGAAUUAGUACUUUAUUUUUAUUUUUAAGAGGUAAAGCAUUAUGUUAGGGGAAAAGGUAGGGUGGGUUUCCAAAAAUGCGGUUUUUAUAUUAAAAAAUAAAGUCAAGAUUUGGACGGUGUGGCCACUUCAUUCCUCCCUCACUAGGGCGCUGGGCGGGCUCACGGCAACCUGUCCCCGCCAGCUCAUCGAGGCACGCGACAUGCCUUCAUCUUAAAGUUGUCAUGGGAUGGCAUUAUUUAUUAUUUUACCUAAUCACAUUUUUAUUUUAAACCGGUAGUUUAAAAAGUUUUAAAUGUUUUUUUCCCCCUUCAGUCUCCAUUGUUUGUAACAUCUCCAUAGAAACUUGAAAAUAAAACGUCUUCCUUUGA